AUGUUCAAACCCAAUGUCUCGCCUUUGCUACUUGACCAGAUGAGAUCCCACGUACCGAAAGUAGUCACACUCAAAUCAGGUGAGAGAGUGAUUGAGGACCCCGAGCACUCUACUGAGAGAGUCAUGUUGUGGUUCUAUCUCCUCAUCAACAUUGGCGCCUUCAUGUCCACGGCAACCUCAUACUCUGCAAGAUAUGUAGGCUGGUGGUUGGCCUUCUUGCUUCCAUUGCUUCUCUAUCUUCCCCUACCUCUUCUCUUGUUGUGGUUGAAGCCACGCCUCGUUCUUCACAAGCCUGGCGGCUCUGACCUUCCCAAUGUGCUCCGAGCCAUUGGUCACGGUAUGGCUGAUGGCGGCAUCUUCAGAAUCGGACGCGCAGGGUGGUGGGAAAAUGCCAAGCCAUCGGUCAGGGCCCAAAAAGGACUAUCCCCUGAGACUCACUACAGCGAUGAGUUUGUCGUGGAUGUGCAGCGGACUAUGCAGGCAACUGGCAUGUUUUGCUUCUUCCCUGUUCAAUACUGGAACGACAACGGUCACUUACAAUACAGCAAAUUUUUGGCAUUCGCGGUCCUCUUAUCAGCUACACAAUUCGAAACUACAGCUGCAUGCACUGUGCCAUACGAGACCCAUCGAAAUGAAGCAGAGGAACAGAAGCGAAAAAAACAAAAAUAA